AUGAUAAUGAUAAUAACGCAAGCCUCUUCGUCACGCCCUCCCACUCCACCACCACCUUCGUUCGUUGGCAGCAACUGCCCCUACACCGUCUGGGCCGCUGCCAUCCCAGGCGGAUGGACCAUCGACCUUCCCCAAGGCACCUCCGAGGCCUGCAUCUGGGGCAGGACAAACUGCAGCUUUGAUGCUAGCGGCCGGGGCCAUUGCCAGACCGGCGACUGUGGGAGCGUCCUCCAAUGCAAAGGAUUGGGUGCGCCCCCCAACACCCAGGUUUGGUACUAUCUAGACCAAGAGCACCUCCAAACGGAUCUCUUCCAUAUCUCCCUAAACGACGGCUUCAACGUCCCCAUCCAAAUUAUCCCUACUGAGUCGUCGGCGCAGUCGGGGUGUUUUACGCUCGAGUACGCGGGCGAUGUCAAGGGCCAGUGCCCAAACGAAUUGAAGGAUCCCCGCGGGUACAAUAACCCGUGCGCGGUGUUCAAGAUCGAUGAGUAUUGUUGCCCCGCGGGCAAAUGCAGCCCGACGAAUUAUUCUGAAUAUUUGAAGAACAUGUGCCCCGAUGCUAAGACAUACCCUGCAGACGGCACCAGAAGCGCAACUUGUCCCGGUGACUUGACCCAUUACGUGGUCGUGUUUUGCCCGAGGAGGUAGUCUUGUUUUCCCUUGCAAGAUGUUUGGAAGCGAGAGCUCCGGCGGCAAGGUUUUCGGCGAAGCCGUGUCGCUGAAAGGAGAAGAUAUAACUUGUAUGGAUGAUGAUGCUGAAUGUAUAGGAGAGUAGAGAGAGAGUUGAGAAGAGCAACGAAGCGAUCAGUAUUGCCGGGUGACUUCCUUGAGAACGUGCUCUUAUACACCGAACAUUUCAAAUAAGAUUGACCGGUUGUCUUA